CUUCGACGGUUCGUACAGUGCGGUUGUCGUGCCGAUACUUUUUUCUCUCUCGUAUCACUCUUGUAUCAACUAUUUUUUCCGUUUACAUGUACAUUUACAUUUCACACACAUGAACUUGUUGGUGUAGACCCCUUCGCUCGCCCCCCCCUGAUUUCCUGGCUUUCUGGGUCUACCCUCCUACCGGAAACCGUUUCGCAUCUGUCAUCUGUCACGUGUGAGUGCGUGUUGUGAAUACUGUGUUUUGGUUUAGUGCUUCGUUAGUGUUGGUUUAGUGCAACUUCCUCUGCCUCUUACGGUCGUGGAACGGAGUAGCCCAAAAAAACGAAACGCUGCACGAGUGUUUAUCUGCGUAGUGUGCAUUUUGCAAACGGAGAGAAUCAAAUCAGUUCCCUAGAAGCAUUAGUAAAUAGUGUGUACGGUAAAUUGGUGUGCAUUGAUCUACUAAUCUACUCAGCUCUCGGUACGGUGCAGGAGAAUCAGUACGAUCCGCCAAGAGCUGCAGUGUGGCAGGAAGCGUGAAAGCAGUAGUUUGAAGUGACCGUGGCUCGAGCGAUGAGCACUAGUAACUGUGCAAACGUUAUCGCGUGUUUGGUGUCGUUUCGGUUCUACUCCUUUUCGUCGGAGUUUCGGAUGAGUUUUUGAGUGCAGUUUUGGUGUUUGGUAUGUGUGUGCCUGCUUCGUGACGCUUGUGAGGAUCCAGCAGUAGAAAAAAAAAACCAAAAGGAAUCAAUGCAGAGCCACAGCAUUAUCGGUGUACCGGCUUCGAGGCUGAUGAACCGGGUCCUUAACCCGCCCAAACCCGCUACAGUAACCGGCCUCAAGAACUAGGAUAAUGUAACGCCCUUCCGUCGCUACUAUCGGUCGUUCUAUCUUCUACUCGGUCCACCCGGCCAGCUGUCUGUCUUUAGGCGCGGGUGACAAAGGUUCUGGCAAGUCUCGCCGGGCCAUUCUCUCAACUGUGUCGUUGCAAAUGUGAAGUUGAUGAACUGUCUUCUGCCUCUACCUUCCAACUCAGGACGACCGAUCCGACGAACUUUCUCCGUCUGUGCUUAUCUGUGUGCUGUGUUGUUUCGUCUGUCCUCUGACUGUACUCUGUAGUGUUGUCUAACACUGGAACUGUAACCCAGCCUGUCCGAAACAGUGGCACUGUUUGCACUCUGAUACAACCGAAAAGCAAUAGGAAGAAAAGCAAUAAAGCCGUUAGUAACAAGCAAUAGGCAACACCGCAAAAGAAAAGGUGUGGUUUGCCCCUGAAGAAGAACUGUUGACCCACAACAGUUCGAUCGAUUCCGAUGCGAACGAAAUAAAUCGUCUUCGUACCGGGUCGGGUGGCAUGAGUGGCGCUUACGGGAUAAUGGCGGCACGGCUGGAGCAAUGGAGUUUGUGUUAGUGUGAGCCUGUUGUUUCCGUCGAUUUUAUAACAUUUUUUGGGGGCCCGAAUGCAAGCCGCUGACCUCGCUGGUGGCUGAUGGACUCUAGCUGUUACGGAUUACGGACUACUUCUGUGGAUGUUUGUGCGCGCAAGGUUUACCCGGGCUAGCAAUCGUGUCAAUUUCUGCGUCCAGUUCGUCUAGUUUCAACGAAUCUUCUGGUUGCUGGUGAUUGUGUUUUCUCUGUUUUACGCGUCACUUUGCCCAAACUGAAACACUCGCCAACCGUAUCCGGUAAAGUUCUCGCGUGUGUGUGUGUGUUCGUGUUGCGCUGGGUACCAUUACUGGUGAGCAGGACUGCAAUUCUUCAUGCCCGUCCGCAGUGCACGUGCUCGAUCCUAGCGGAUCCCCAAAUUCCAGCCAAUUCUUCUCCAUCUUCGCCUCCGGGAUCCGGGAAAGUGCUUUCGUAUCUGUGUCACGUUCUGGCGUAAAAUUUAUUCUAUCCUUCCCGUGCUGGACGAGGCGUCACCACGGCGAGUAUUCUCCGGAGAAUCCUCGGCUCACGUACCCGGGCGGUACGGUGCGGAUAUAAAACGGAAGCCCCGUAGCCUUAAGAGGUACAUCGUCUGCUCUGGUGCUUUGCUGCGAGGCAACACAAGAAUACACAAAAAAAAAGAAAAGUUUAAGCAACACAGUACCCGUGCUAACGAGAACAGACGGUGACGGCCAAAUCAACAGAGGCCAACAAUUGCUGAGUACCGGAAGGAAUCAUCCACGAGCGUGUAUCGUCUAAGUUCCAGAAGUGGCACUAGAGUAUUUACCUCGAUGCGAACCAAUGCAACCGGUAGUGUUGAUUUACGCCCCGUACUGGUCGUGAGAUAAAAGUCGAAACAAUCCGGUGCGGUUGUGGCACUUGCCAUGGAUCGGCUUGGCCGACCGUGAGGAGGGUCCUGGAGAGCAGCAGCAAUCGAUGCACUUGUGCGCUGAAAGCAGUAUUUAGAAGUACCUGAUCGUAAUCCUUACCAGUUCUGGAGUUCAUUUAAGGUGUCGUUGGUCAGCACGGAAAAGUCGAAAGCGCUGUUCAGCUUUCUCUGCACACUCAACAACGAAACACACACACACACAAAAGUCCUCAAAAUGCCCCGCUGUUUGAUGGCAAAAAAGUGGAAAGCCUAUCCAUGGCCCGACCGAGCAGAAGAGCAGCCGGUCACCGAGCAAGAGCUGGACACGGCAUCCUCCUCCAUCACGACGACGACGACCACCAUCACCUCCGCCAGCACAAACAGUCCACACCAGGUAGCAUCUUCACCAUCGACGGUGGAACGAACGGGCAGCAGCAGUAGUGGUAGCAGUAGUAGUGGUGUUGGUGGUAGUCCUAGUAGUAGCGCCACUACCAGCACAUCCAGCUCGCCCGCAUCGGUUGCGCCUGAAUGUAGUCAACCGCAGAGCACCGGGACAACGCAAACCCCGGCCAGCGAGCUCGGCGAAGAGGAUGAGGAAAUUGACGUGGUGGGUGAUUCGCCGGCGGCAGCAACGGCAACCGCGGCCAGCAGCAAGUCCACUGGCAGUACGGUAGCCACCUGUUGGGGUCCGUCCUCGCCGACGGCCGGUGCAACGGCACCGAGUCCACCGCCCCAUUCACCGGAAGCGGCCACGCGCGAGUCUACCAUCCUGUACAACGGUUAUGGUCAGGACAUUUCGCAUCACUUCACCGCCUACCUGCCAAAGUUGGAUCCUGAGUCAUCCAGCUAUCAACAGCAGCAGCAGCAGCAGCAACAGUCUUCGUCUCAGCAACAGUUCAUCGCACUCGCACCUUUAUGCGCAACGCCCUCAGCCACCUCAGCCUCCCCAAGCGCAACCAGCGGAGGACCGGACAGUCCACAGCGAUCACCAUCCCAGAAAAAGUCGCUCGCCAUGUGCUUCACCAGUACCGGCACUGCCCUAUCGUUGCCCCCGAAGAAGAAGGACAUCUACCGGCCGUACUCGCUGGACGAUAGGCCUCCGAGGCCCAGCUACGAGCUUCGGAUUCCAGCCGAAGAGGACCUGCACGCCGCCCAUGCCAUCCUGGACCUGAGCGCCUCGACGGCUUUCCUACCUCCGCCGGCACCGCAUCAAAUCCUCGCCCAACAGCAAUCACCUCCCUCACCAUCGCACCAGCAUGCCCCGACCAGCCCGACGGUGGUGCUUGUGUCGGCAAAAUCUUCCACCAGCGAUCCGGACCGUCGACCGCUGCAGACACACCACCAUCAGCCACCACAUCCACUUCACCAGCAAGCGUCUCCACUUCCUCCUCAGUCACCUCCAUCGACCGUACCGCAUUCGCUGAGCUCACCGGAACAGAACGAGAACCGGAACAGCACCAACACGCUGCCCGGGUAUGCGUCGCACGAUGUCUCCAUGGAUUCGUCCUCGGACGAGCUGCAGCAAUCGACCGAAUCGUCCGACUCGGAGGGUAAGAACGGUUCCAAAACGGUUGCCUACACGUACGAAGCGUUUUUCGUGAGUGACGGUCGUUCGAAGAAAAAGAUGGCCGACCCGAAGACGGCGCUCGAGAACAAGGCAAAGUACACGUGCACCGAGUGUGGCAAGCAGUACGCUACCUCGAGCAAUCUGUCCCGCCACAAGCAAACGCACCGCAGUCUGGACUCGCAGUCGGCCAAGAAGUGUCAUACCUGUGGCAAAGCGUACGUCUCCAUGCCGGCCCUAGCGAUGCACGUCCUCACGCACAAACUGUCCCACAGUUGUGGUGUGUGUGGGAAGCUAUUCUCCAGGCCCUGGCUGCUGCAGGGACACCUCCGAUCGCACACGGGCGAAAAACCGUACGGCUGUGCGCACUGUGGUAAAGCGUUUGCCGAUCGGUCGAACCUGCGAGCCCACAUGCAGACACACUCGAUCGACAAGAACUAUCAGUGCGGUCGAUGCCACAAAACGUUCGCGCUCAAAUCGUACCUCAACAAGCAUCUGGAGUCGGCCUGCUUUAAGGAGGAUGGUGCACCCCAAUCGCCACCAAUGUCACCCAGUUCGCUGGACGGAUCGUCGAUGGACGAGCUGCGAUCGCCAACGCUCCCGGAUCGACGUCCAGCGAUGGCGCUCAAGCGGGAAAAGAACGUUGACAUCGAGGGCGAUGAGUCGGACGAUGCGAUGCACUGUCCGUCCCCGAUGUCUCCGGUACCUCACCUCACGAUAAGUCCUAGUGCGGGGUCGAACGGGACGGGAAGUAUCUUUGUGAUGAAAAACCUUGCCGCCAGUCGGUUGACGAAUGGUGGUGCAUCACCUAGUUCGGCGGCGGCAGCUGCAGCGGCUGCGGCGGCUGCGGCAGCAGCGGCUGUCCUUGGGCCGGCUGCCAUUCUGACGACGACGAACCAUCCGCACCAUCACCACAAUCACCAUCACCAGCAGCAGCAACAUCACCACCAACAGCAGACGCAUCAUCUUCACCAGCACACGCAUCCGGCGGCAGCGGCGGCUGCGGCUGCUGCGGCGGCGGCUGCAGCUGUACAGAUAAACGUCAACUUUGCUGGGUAACCGGUCUGAAACAAUCGCCUUCUGUGACGUUCUCGAUGACUCGCCAUCCUCUGAAUGCGAUCAGCUGAGCUGAAGGCCAUUCGGAUUGCAUACAUCGAGGCGCUUGAUGAGUGUGCGUGGAACAAGAUCGGGCUGGAACGCGGUUCGUAAGUAGUCAUUUAAGCAUUCGUAUUGUUUUUCCUUCCCUUCAAAUAACCUUUCAUCAAACGUUAAACUUACAAGUGCAACAGCUUUAGAGAAAAAACAGCUAGAAGAAGAAAAAGUCCACAACAAAAUGUAAAAAGGAAACCUAAACUAGCAAGGCCUCAACAAACAAAACACACACACAUCCUUCAACUACAUUACCCAUAAGUAAACAAACAGAACAGACACUAUCAACAGCGAAACAGACUGCAGCCUGAAGGUAUGCUACACAUGUAACGCGUCCCCCGUACUAGUCAUUUACCAACACCAUUUAGCCGUGCAUAGGAAACGUUUUAACUGAACCUCUUAACGCUCUGUCUCUCUGAAUUUGAAGUGCGCCAUGCCGACUUAAGAGGAAGAGGAGAGAAAAAAAAACGCAAAUUUAUGCAAGAUUGAUUAACUGAGCUGGAGCCGGAGAUUCGAUACCUAAUGAAACCUUUAUAUACACAAAAGUAUAUAUAUAUAUACAUAUUAUAUUUACACCCUUAUACAUCUAGAAGAAAGAAACAAGAAGAUGCUACAGAUGAAGAGGAAAGUAAAACGAAACAAAGUAACAAACAAAAAAAAACAACAACAACAGAGGAAAAACUCCUGCCUCCCGCCCCAUAUAGAAAUGCAUAGUUUUUCCCGCUGGUAACAAUUCAGGUUGAAGAUGAGUGCUAGAACCAGUUAGCAGUUAGCCAGGUUAGCGUAGCGAGCGUAGCAGGCUCAAAGGAAACUCCGGGUCUAGCAGAGAGCAGUUGCAGCAUGUUAAGAUGGUGCUGACUGUGUGCGUGGGAGAGAGAGAGAGAGAGAGAGAGAGAGAGAGAGAGAGAGAGAGAGAGAGCGAGAGAGUAUGUACAGUAAAGGGAAAAGGGCCACCAACGGCGGCUGAUUCCGUAAUGCGCAAUUCGAUUCAAUUAACUUACUACUACGAUUCAAUUAAUUUUUUCGGGCCCCCAUGGCUGGGUUUGUGAUAGUGGACAGUGGCGGAACGACCACACACAGACUCGGUUUGCCGGUGUCCUGUCCUGUCUCUCACCGGCCAGUAUGAUGUGCCCUUAUUUAUCCUCUCUAGUUCUAUUGCAUUGCAUUUACGCGUAGUGAGAACAACACUUAAACUCAACCAACACACACACACACAUACACACUACACCAACACGAGGAACACACUCACACAACCUAGUAGGAAACGAAACAGCAAUUACUUUCUACAUAAGCUAACGUUUUAGAAACUCCUAUUCCUAAAGUGAAGCAAACGCAAACCAAUACUAAAUUAUAGUAAAGUAAACGCUAACAGCUAAACAGCAAAGUGCUGAACAACAAAACCUCGUAUUGUGAAGCGAACAAAGUGAAGAAAAGAAAAGAGGAAAAGAAAUGAUUGAAACAAAAAGCAAUUAAAAAUUAAAGUUUACAAAUCCAAAGAUGAUUUACACUCAACGAAAAGCAGCUCCAUUUUAAUUGAUUUUAUUUUUGGUGGAAGGAAUAUUUUAUAAUGUCAUUCAGUUUAAAAUACUACAUGCGUUAGACGUUCUUUACAAUCUUCUGAUUUUGCCUCUUAAGGACUGACCCAUUGUCUACAAACGGGUGCCUGGUGAUGGGGAAAAUGGGGCUUGGUUUUAAACUACCCGUCACAGUUCAUCAUAAAUCUUGUCCGCUAAUCUUAUCGUCACCUUCAGUGCUGGGGCGUAAAAACAAACCUUUUUUCACCUUUCACUUACGAAACGAUUUCCUGCGAGCGUGUCACGGCAAGUCACGCCAUGUUCGGGGCACACAAUCUGUGCACGUAUGGUGGGUGGAAAUUCCAAAUGGUUCAUCAGUGACCGAAUGGUGGGUAGUGGAAGUGGAAAUUCAUGCCAACCGAUAAUCUAAUCACCAUCGCCAGACGGAAAAUCGCUUUACAUUUUACAUCAGCAAAUUAAACCAGUCUAGUGUUUUGGUUUACGGGGAAUAUUUAUUUCAUCUCUUGAAUUGUGUGUAAGGGGCGAAAGUAUAAUGAAAACAUGAGCAAUUAAAAACGUGAAACCAAAUAAGCAAUUCGAAAAGCAACAUCAUGAAACUACUAAGGAAAAGCAAGCAAAUGCAUUUUGAAAAAUACAAAAAUACGUCCAUUAAAAGAAAAAGAACAAAACAAAAAGAAGAAAAGGAUAACAAAACGAAAAGAAAGUAAAAAAAUCGAUUCUUGUUCGGUUAAACAAAAACAUAAAACAAAUGAAAAUUAAAAGGAAACAAAAUCUGAAAAGGUUUUAGGAAAUGCAAAUGAAAAACGAUUUAACAAAAACCAAAAAUGAAGAACAAAAAAACCAAACUUAGUUAAAAACCAGUCAAAACGUUCAACGUUACGCUGCAGCAAAUCAGAUUUGCACAAAAUUAAAAAGCCUCAACAAAACACAAAACCUUCCCAAAAGCAACAAAAGAAAAUUGGGAAGGGCUUUUCUUUUACUCAUUCGUCUCAACUAUGUUACUCAACCUCAUAAGAAUGGUGCAAAAGAGAGAGAGAGAGAAACGGAUUAGUAAAGCAAUGCUUAGGAUGUAGGACGAGUGUAGAAAGAUCCAAAGAAAUACUAGAAAGCAAUAAUGAACAAACAAAACAAAACUUUCGAUUAAUAACUAACGCUUGGCAAUAAUGUGGCGGAAGAAACGGCGGAUUGUUAACAGUGUUUCGUUUUUCGAGGCCCAACUCUUUUUUUAACUAGGCAGGCUUUUUUGAGCGUGGGAAACACUGUUUUUCGAGAGGAAGCAGCAGCUUAGUGGUGUAUAGUAAGUAGUAGUAGUAGAAGUAGUGGUAGUAGAAGCAGUAUUGAUAGUAUUAUAGCAUUUAGCGUGUAAGUUUUUAGCGUGCAAAUUCCUUGAUUCUUGCAUCGGAUAAGCCUCCUAGACCACUAAUGUGUACUUAAGCAAAAUGGAACACAAAAAAUCUAGUCUUCAUCUAGUCCGUAAUGUCUGGGUUAGUUUUUGGAUCAGCUUCAGUUUACACUAUGUGCUGUGAGAGCAGUUCGGAGAGUUCGGUCUGUCCGUGCCGGGACUGUCUGAGCGCAUCACAGCGCACCUUAUCGCUACUGGUAGGAAGUUCGUCUGUACUCUACUCGUCUCCAUGAUCUCUAUGAGCAACACUUUUGCACACAAGUCCCCUAGAUGUUUUUUCGUUUAUUUAGUGAGAUAUUUAGCACAAUUAAGCACGAACAGAAGAAGUUUUCGGAGUUCUCAUGAGCACCUAAUAAUUUUAACUUAAAUUUCUAGUCAUUAUUAAGUGUGAAAUAAGCACAACUACUUUUUUUUAUUUGUAUUAAUUUAUUAAAAAAAAACAAUUCAAAGUACAUGAAAACGAGCCAAAAGACCUUAAUCGCAUAAGUUUUAUUCAGUUUUCUUGCCUAGUUUUCCUAUGCAGGACAAGCAAUGCAACGAGACACGAGACAAACACGGGACACGCACCCCGCAGCAAGAUGCAACGAGAUUCUGAACGAAAGUAGCAAAACACGUUUCUGAAAACAACGAAUUAGGACAUAAGUAAACAAGGAAACCCGUGUACAGUAAAUAUAUAAACUUCGAGUCGACCACUCGUAGCGGGCAAAGGGCGACAUUCGCACUCUCACACACUCACUCACGCACCACACAUGGAGGCUAAAGCUGCAGCAAGGAGUAGCCAAGAGGAGUGAAUAGUAAUGCGGGCCUUGGAAUGUGUGUUUGUGUGUGUUGGAUUGAAACAUUUGCUAAAGAAAACUCUUGCGAAGAUGUAUGCAUACACAGAGAGUUCUUGUGCAGCUCCGUCACUCCAGCAGCUCCAUAGUUCCGGUGCGAGCAAGUGAGUGUUGAGCAGUGUGAGAGCAUUUAUAACCUAGUAUGUGUGUGUGUGUGUGUGUGGGAUGUGCGUGAAUGUGGGUAAGGAUAGUAGGAUGGGGACGCCUUCACUUAAAACUCGAUUCUCAUCCCAGCACGGGCUAGUACGUGAGCUCUCGGAUCCACCAAGGAAACGGAAGCUCUCGGCGAAAGCACCAGUUGAAGCAUCCUUUUGAUGAUCUCUCGUGCCUUCCGUGCACGAUGGUGCUGCUGAAAAGAUGCUGAAAACGAUUAAAGUUGUUUAAUUAAAACUAGUUUUUACUGCUCGUGCCCGCGCGCUCUGCCUUCAAGGCUCAUCUUCAUCGGCCCACGGAACAUGAAGCCUACAUCCUUGGAGCUGGAGCUACAGAAAGCGCAAUCCUUUAUAAUAUUCUUCCAAACAUAGCAGCAAAAAAAACGACCCAACGAACACAUUUUCAUUUUACCAACCAGUUUCUUCCCACAACAGCAAAAAAAGAGCCUUCCUAUGGUGACUUCCGGUUUUGAGGCAGAACUUAAGAGAGGGGAAGAUGAAUCUUUCCCUCCAUUGUGUCAUCCUUCGCCGGUGCAUGGCGGAGCUCUCAGGCUGUGGCAGUGGCAGGAUGUUGAUUUUAUUUGCUUCCGCCGUAAAUUGCGAUUCAUGGUUAGCGUUUUGGUGCGGUUGCUUUAGAGCCACAAAAAACCGUUGAUUGAUUAUUGACAGUGAAAAUUUCAUCCGGGUUCGGUUUUUUGUGUGUGUGUGUUGAUUCCAACUCGGAAAGUUGUUGCCAACUUCCGAUGCUUUUUCUAUACUGGGAAGUAUGAAAAUUUGUAUCGUCAUGAAGAGAACAAAAGAUGAUUCAAAAAUAAGUAGGAAAAAAGUCACUUAAAAUGGACAAAAAACAAGAACAGCUUUCCAGAAGGUCUAAAUUUACUUUGUUUCUCCUUUUAAAUGGCCUACGUCACCUGUAGCAAUGUACAGCAGGGUAGUUACUAGUCGGAAGUCGAAAAAAAUGAUUCUCAUUCCUCAAAUUUCCCUUCUGCGAAAGAAAAACUGACAAGUCGUCACCAAUUUGUCAAAUCGUCACGAUUACUUUUUUUGUUUGUCCCGCUGUAAAGCAAAAAACACCCGGUCCAUCCUAUAACAGUGGCCGAACGCUGAUGGUGAAGAUUUUUCACCUGAAAUAAAAGAAAAACCCCAGAAAGCAGCUCAGCAAAACGCUGAGGACGAUUACUUCGUUAUCUUGAUGAAAUUUAAUUGGACACUGCGACCGGACGACGGCCGUCCGCCCAGCGCUAAUGAUGAGCCGGCUGCAACGAGUUCGAGGAUGAGUGAGGGAAAAUUAUGGCCUGCGGGGGGGUACAUCCGGAAAGGAAACCGAACCGAUAUGGGCACCAUUUUGUGCAGACACUGUCCAACAAGUGACAGGACGUUCAUUAGCAAACUAGGAGCAUUUUUACUCUGGACCCGAGUUGGGAGAGAUCGAGUGUUUAAACAGGCAUUUUAAAAAGGGAUUGAACGAGUGAGUUUGAGUGUGUGUAUGAAUGGAUGGGUGAGUAACUAGUGUGUGAACAGUGUGUACAACCAUAGCAGUACCGGUCAGUCAGUUUUGAUAGUGUUUCAUUUUAUAUUUUCUAUCUCUUCUCUCAACAAAGCAGAUCAUUUUCCCGCGCGGAAAAAUACAUUUUUCUUUCGCCGGGAAUUUGACUCUUUAUUGGAGUAGGUGGGUAAAACGUGCAAUAAAGAGUGUAGAAGUAGUUGCUUAGGAUUUAGAAAAUGAGCAGCAUGAUUGUGUGUGUCUGAAUGGAGUGUAUGAUCGUGAUCGAGUGAAUCGAAUCGAAUGAAGAAAGGUGGUUUGUGGAAACUCUAUAAUCGCCAUUCCCCAUUUUUCCUUGUAAGCUGCAAUACUCACUAUACUAUUUCCCGUUUUCUGUAUAGUCAAUUAUGCGUUACGUUACGAUACAGUCAAAUAGAAGCAAAUAAAGGAGAAAAGGAGAGCACAGGUCCCUACCGACGCCAUCUUUGGCAACGAUCGUCAAUUCGUUUGUUCUAUCUAUCUAGGUGCUUAUCGUCUCAGUCGCAAAACCUUUCCUUGGUACAGUUUACAGAAAGGGCGUUGCGUUCAAUUUAGUACUCAGCUAGAACAAGGGGGUUCCCGAACUUGGGAACAAGCUUCCCAAUAAUCCCGCUUCACUAUCCUAGAGGGCCUAACUUAGCGUUAUUUACUGGCGGUACCAGGUCGUUUUGCGUACCGAAAACAGCGAGCAAUUAUCUAAUCACACUUCGUAAUAUAUAGCUACAAUUAUAAGUUCGAUGAAGAAUUUUAACGAAGAAGCCAGCUCAAAAGGCUUUAUGGUUACUCCUUUCUUUCACUCCUGCCAUACAUCAUCGAAUAAGCUACCGCAGAAAAACAGAGUGUAACUUCUAGUCAGUAACGGAAGAUGAUUGCAAAAUCAACGAACAGCUUUCAAAUGAUCUCUACCGAAUGAAAAAGCAACAGAAAGUAGACGAGGUUUGUAAAUAGCAACCAAGCAUAUUUAUUUGCGUCCUGUAACAUAUUUAAUUUAUUUGAAUGUACAUUAGCCGUGACUGACGUCAGUAGAAAGAAUUUUACAAGACUUUAAAGGUUUGAAAAACAAUUUUUAACUUAUACUCAUCUCGGAAAAGCAUUGCGUUAGAGAAUAUGUAGAAUUUUUCUUUUCUUUACUAAGCACAAGUAGACAAUUUAGUGCCCAGUACCAGUUAGCUUCACAAGCGACACUUAAUACUCAUGCAAAAUGGAAAAUGGUUUUGGCCUGUGGUGAUAAAGAAGAAGACGGUUAAUAUCUUCAACCUCACCUCUCAAUUCUUAGUGAUAAGAAACGAACGCAUAAGCAAUUGUAUAUAAGCAAUACAUAUACAAAGAGAAAAAACCGCAUACAAGCAAUAAUUAGAACCCACUUUUAAGCAGUUGAAGCGAGCAGAUUAACGCAAAAGCAAUACAACUUAUAUAAAUUGCAACCCGAAAGGCAUCAUCUAUAUACGUAGUGCUAUUCUACUUAUAUUCGUAGAAGAUAACAAUUUCUUUCUCACGCAUGCAAAGUAUAUAUUUGAAAGUGCAUAAAUAUAUAUAUGUAGAGGAGACAGUUAAACCUUAGCAAAAACAAAAAGAAAUCCCACUCUCUUAACCCGCUUGUUCGCAAGAUUUGCGAGUGAAAACUUUUAAUCCAUUUCCAUCACUCACUAUAGCCCAUAGUUUUGCCCCGGGAGAAGCUGUAGCGAACGAGGUAAAGACAAAUAUUUUUAUACUGAUGCAACACUACCGAUACACUAAAUGGAAAUGGGAAAUCGAGCCCAUUCACUGUGGGACAUUUUAUGGACAGGAGCAAUGAAAACCCGGCACCGAAAAAGCGACAGCUACUUCCCCAGUGGUCAAUAGAUGGCUGAAAGGGAAAUUGUUUCGAUUGUUUUAAUUACUUGUGUAUAAAUUACUUGUACAAAAAAAGACAUUAUAAGACAAAGCCAACGAGACUCGAACACACACAGAAGCAAAAGGAGAAGAAACGCGUUUUAGAAUGAAAAAACCCCGAUUAUUGCAUAGUGAUUGAUAUAAUGCACAUUGCAGAAGAGAAGGAAAAACACGAAUAUGCGUAGGUUUUGAGAGUUAUAGAAACCCAGAAAAAACACUUACUACCUAAUAUAACACACAAGCAAAAUACACACACACAAAAACAGAAAUACAUCAAACACUUACAUUGCGCAACACAACAAACAAACAAACGCAAAUAUUAUAUUAAAUUAUUAUAUAUUAUAUUGUAUGAUUAUUAUUAUAUUACUGAUUGAUUGAUUACAAUUAUUGAUAGUGAAGGCCAGUUUGCGCUGAUUGAUGAAAGCUAAGCGAAAACAAGUGGAAAACGAAAAUUGAUGAAAUAUAGUGACAAACAAAAAAACCCAUUCGAAACCGUUUAUAAAAGCAA